CUGAAUGAAUGUAACCUAUAUCAAUUUUAAUGCAUUUUUGGAAAAGCCCUCUAGAGGGCUAAAUGUGCUGCUUUGAGUUAUUCGAGAUUGGCGCGAUCAACAACACAAGGGAUUACUGCUUGUAGUGCACACUUUUGUAAAGGCUCUGUAAACAUGUCAAUGUCCAGGUUUUGAGAAGCAACCGCAGCUGAAACUUAAGCUGAAAUUUACAAUUCAUUGCAUAUUUCCUAUUUAGAAAGGGUGUGAAGACAGACGAUUCAAGAUAAGUGACAAUAUUUGUAUCCUGUUUGCGGUAUGCCUUCAACAUACCAGCUUUAAUUAAAUCUAACGGUUUGUGCACAACACAGUUGGACAUUAUGACUGAGGAAGAGCUCAUUUUCAGUAUGGAGGAGGUGGGCAGUCUGAAGGAUGGCCCAAGGAACGGAUGUGGUCAGAGUAGAGUGUCUUUUGAAGAUGUCAAUGCAAGCCCAACCAAAGGCAGCUUUGAGUACCCAAAGAAACAUAUUCACAACAAGCAGCUUUCCUAUUCAUUGCCAAAAAACUCCUUUACAUACAAGAACAAAAAUGAAACCGAGCAGGACGUGCACUCUCACAAGUUUGGCUCUUUAACUGAGAGAGGUCAGGCCACUUGGAAACAUGCUAUUGAGAAAGCCAAAGCCAUGCCGGAUCCCUGGGUUGAGUUUCAUCUGGAAGAAAUGGAGACGGAGCGGUGCACUCGAUACAGAUACAGUGCUGUUACUGGUGAAUGGGCAAAGGAUGACAUAUUUAUCAAGAUUUCCUCUCAGCCAUUUGGAAAAGGAGCCAUGAGGGAAUGUUACAGAGUGAAGAAGUUGUCAAACUUUUCUCACAGAAGCAAGUGGAAAUCAGCCUCAAACUAUGUAGCCAAGAGCUACAUGUGGACAGUGAACAGAGAGGUUUACUUUGAGGAUGUCAAGUUACAGAUGGAGGCCAAAUUAUGGGGUGAAGAGUUCAAUCGCCACAGACCUCCCAAACAGGUUGAUAUCAUGCAGAUGUGUGUUGUGGAAAUGACUGGUCGUCCUGGAAACCCUUUGUUUCACCUUGAGCACUACAUUGAGGGGAAGUACACAAAAUACAACUCCAACUCUGGCUUUGUGAGGGAUGAUAACAUACGCCUUACACCCCAGGCAUUUAGUCAUUUCACAUUUGAGCGCUCUGGACACCAGCUGAUUGUGGUGGACAUUCAGGGUGUUGGUGACCUCUACACAGACCCUCAGAUCCACACUGAGAAGGGCACCGACUUUGGAGAUGGCAACUUGGGUGUGCGUGGCAUGGCUCUUUUCUUCCACUCUCACCUGUGUAAUAAGAUCUGUAAGAGUAUGAGUCUCACCCGUUUUGACCUGUCCCCAGCUGAAACUGCACAACUGGAAUGCACCAACAAACUGCUGCAGUCAGCUCAUACUGUUCUCCGUGGCUGUGAGGAGCAGUGUCAUUCUCCCAGGGUGAGGACGACCUCACUCGGACACAUGCCUCAUCUCCUGUCCCACCUCUCCGAGACUUCAUCAGUGGAUGAGAACAGUGAAACAGACUCUGUUCCCUGUUCUCCACUUAGUAUGGGCAUUGCUGUAGUUCGAUCGCCCAUUGGUUGGUCAUUUAUGAAUGAAACACUUCAAGCAAACUCUGAUCAUAAGGACUCAGAAAAUGGAGGAGACAGUGGUUACCCAAGUGAGAAACGCAGUGAGGGAGACCCUGUUGAAUAUCAAAACCAGGGAUGCCCCUUCUACAGCAGACAUUACUCAGAAUCGGAUGAAGAGAGUGUUCGUCGGCUGACAGAAGACAAACUGAGUUUCUACCAUUCCUCUCGCUCACAUAUACACAGACCCUCCUGUGUGGAAGUGGAGAUGGAGAGACUGAACUCUAUGGUCCUUGAUCGAAAAAUUGGUAAAUCCAUCCUAGGCAAGGUUCAUUUAGCAAUGGUCUGGUACCAUGAGGGCGAGCGGUUCUGUGAGAAGGACGCACCGUGGGACCAGGACUCUGCUAUGUAUCAUCUGGAAAGAGCUGCUAUGUGUGGGGAGCUGGAGGCUAUUGUUGCUCUCGGUCAAUGUUAUCUUCAGCUGCAACAUCACAUUCUACCUGAGAUCGAAUUAGAGGCGUCAGAGGAGAACAGAAGGAAGGGCCUCUGCUUUCUGCUGCAGGCUGCUGAGGCAGGAGACAGACCCAGUAUGAUUCUAGUGGCACGAGCAUUUGACACAGGUCUUAACCUCCCCACUCAUAGGACUAUAGACUGGAAACAGGCCGUGCACUGGUACGACUGUGUGCUGAAGAUGACGAACUGUGACGAGGGGGGAGAGUUUGACAGUAUCCAGGAUGAGCCACGUUACCUUCUGCUGGCACGAAUGGCGGAAAUGUACCAUGAGGGAGGUUUCAGUCUGGAUGGAGACCCCCAAAUAGCAGGUGAUCUUUUCACUGAGGCAGCUGAUGCAGCUACGGAGGCUAUGAAGGGUAGACUGGCCAGUCAGUACUACAUGAAAGCAGAGGAAGCAUGGGCCAUGAUGGAAGAUUGAAAACUGAUUGAAACGUCUGUUUACAUGCUCUUUUUGCCUUAUGUUUUCCUUGGGUCACUUUGACUUAAGAGAAAUAUUGUUGUUAUGGGAUACUGCUUUUCUAAUGAAUGUGAUAAGAGCUUAGAAAAGUUGAUUCUGGAUCAGUGCUAUACUGAGGUGCUAAAUACUACAAAUAAUCUCCUAGUUAAUAAAGAAUAAUCAUAAAGCUGGUGCAGUUUGUUCAGGUUGCUUUAUGAAAAUUUGGGAUAUGUUCAUUACCUGUCAAAAAUUUCAGACUCAUGUUUCUAAAAAGCCAACUGGAUGUUGUGGCUUUUAAAAAGCAGCAUCACUGAUGAUUGAACAUAUUUCUAUAAAAUGCAUUUGCUUUUGCUGAUGCUUUGAGUUUUAAAAAUGUGUUUUGCUGUGUUAGGCCUGUUUCACAUCACGUGCAAAUACCAAGAUGUUAUUGAAUUACUUAUGUGAAUAGCUUCAAUUAAUGGUAAGAAACAUUUAUAAGUGCUGUCAGCGAAGUGUAAUUGCGAUGGUCAAGUCAUUUUUAUUUGUAUAGCGCCUUUCACAACACACAUCGUUUCAAAGCAGCUUUACAGAAGAUCAGGCAUUAACAGAAGAUAAAACUGUAAUAUCUAUAAUGUCUUAGAGUCAUCAUUGUGUAGUUUGAUAAAAUAUGAUUGUGAAUUGUUUAAAAAUAAGUAAUGAAAUAAUAAUUGUAUUUAUAACCCCAGUGAGCAAGCCGAAGGCGACUGUGGCAAG